UUUGGCCAGCUAAUAAACAACCAAGCAAAAAGGUUGUGAACCUCUCUGAAAAUUCCCCAUAAAUAGCCAAGUCAUCUACCUCAAUGUGUUCUUUGUAUACCGAAUAAAAACAUGGCAUUUUCUCAAGUAAAACCACUUUUCUUAGCUCUUUUGAUCUUGUGCAUGUCAAUAUUGGUUUCAUGUCACAGUAGGCAUUUUACACCUCCUAUUGUUACUCGUUUAACUGAUCUUUUCCCUCAUGUUUCCAUUAACAAUUCAUUCUACAAAGGCUUUGGGGUUUCAAAUAUCCAGCUUACCGGUAAUGGAUUCAUGGCUACUCUUUCUCUUGACAAGGCCUCAGGCUCAGGAUUAGUAUCGAAAAACAAAUACCAGUAUGGAUUCUUUAGUGCCUCAAUCAAGCUACCGUCUGGUCUCUCUCCUGGAGUUGUGGUGGCUUUUUAUUUGUCAAAUGCUGAUGUUUAUCCUCACAAUCACGAUGAAAUUGAUAUAGAACUACUUGGUCAUGACAAAAGAAAUGACUGGGCUUUCCAAACAAAUAUAUAUGCAAAUGGAAGUGUCAGUACAGGAAGAGAAGAGAAAUUCUAUCUCUGGUUUGAUCCAACAGAACAACACCAUCAGUACAGCAUCCUCUGGAACAGCCAUCAUAUAGUGUUUCUAGUUGACAAUAUCCCAGUCAGAGAGUUUCCAAGGAAUAGUGCCUUCCCUUCUGUUUAUCCCUUAAAACCAAUGUCACUCUAUGCUACAAUAUGGGAUGGAUCACAAUGGGCAACUCAUGGAGGAAAAUACCCAGUUAACUAUAAAUAUGCACCAUUUGUAGCUUCAUUUGCAGAUAUGGAGAUGAGUGGCUGCAUUUCAUCAAAUCCAACAGGAUCAGUAUGUUCUAAGUCUAAUCCUUCAAGCUUAGACCCAGUUGAUGGACAGGAAUUUGCUAAGCUCUCAAACCAGCAAGUUGUGGCUAUGGAUUGGGCAAGAAGGAAGCUCAUGUUUUACUCAUAUUGUAAAGAUUUACCAAGGUUUAAAGUCCUACCACCUGAAUGCAAAUAAAGAAUUUCAAUUUUUUUUUUUGUAUUUUUAUUAUUAUUAUUAUUUUCUCCACAUGGUCGGAACAAAUAGUACCCAUUUGAGUUGUAUACAAAUGCAAUAUACAGUAUAUUAGUGUAUUUCCAAUGGUUUUUUCUAUUGGAAUCUAUAUAAUAUUAAUUUUGAAAAAUAUUUAUGCUUAUUCUCGUUAUUUCUAUUUAAUAAAUAAUAUUUUAGAUAAUUUUUUUCCAAUGAAUUCUGUUUUAAAUAUUUUGAAAUAUUAAUAUUUAAAUUUUUAUUUUAAAAUUAUGUCUAAUUAAAAACAUGAAAAGCCCAAGUAAAAGUUAUUUUUCUUUUAAUCGAAAGUCAAAUAAAUAAAUAAAAUACUGAUGAACUUUUAAAAAUAAACAAUAUUUUUAACAAUUUUUAUUUUUUUUUGUUGUCACAUCAGCUUCACAGAAUUAAUACAUAAAACCAUUGGAGAAGAAUUUUUUAAAACUUUAUUUAUUUAUCUGAUGUGAUAAAAAAAAUUUAAAUGGACAGAAUCAAUAUAAAAAUGCUCUUAUUAUUAUUUUUUUUUUCGGUUAAAAUCUGUUAUUCCUCCAAAUUAGUAGCUAAACUGCAUUUCCUUAUAGAUAAACGGUAUUAUGUCAUUUUCAUCUUUACAAAAUUCUUCAUCGUUAUCGAUGACUAAUAACCCUGAUGGUUAUGUUGAUGUAAUGUGAUUCCCAAAGAAAAGUGGAGUCCGCGUGAACUGUGAGAGCAGGAGCAAGCUUCUGUUUUUGUUUUAUUGGUUAACGAUCACAUUAAUAAAUUUUAGUGGCUGAGAAUGCAUUUUUGACACGAAGUAGUAGAUGGAAAACAACUUAAUGUCAUAGUUUUCAGCACUAAUGCUUUUUUAAGGUUCAAUAAGAUUUUUAGAUUUUUUUGGGAGACAGUCCAAUAGUAAAAUCACUGUUUUUUAAAAUAAUAAUUUUAAAUUCGGAUCUCCUAUAUCUAAUUAAAGAAAAAAAAAAAAGAUUGGGUUUGGUCCGCCGUUCUAGAAGAAGAAGAGAGGUGUAUUAGAUCCUAAUUUGAGGUAAGAGAACAAAUAAUAUGGAGGAAGAAAAACCUGUUGUAUCUAUGUUUUCACGCCAGCAGUUUCAAAGCUAGACUACUUAGAAAGCAAAACCACUCGUUUCCUAACCAUAUUUGACUUUUAGACCUCGAAAAAUAAUACUCACCCAGGACAACCUCAAACGUCAAACCAAUUCUCUACCCCAUGAGUUAGCCAUAAAAGAUUGGUUGCAAAGAAUAAAUUGAAUGCUAUGAAGGCUAUACUUCAUCAUCUACUUUAACUGGGACCAUCACUUCAAUUAACGAACAAACAACAACUUACUAACAGUUGUAAUCCAUGACCCAAUAGGGUUUCUUGAAGAAAACAAUUUGCAACUAAAACGUAGCAGAGUAAGUCCACUUGGAGACAACUUAAUGAAAAAGCCACUGUUUUCUUGAGCAUUAAUCCCAAGUUGGAAUCUCUAUAAACCAAGAAUCAAAGAGGGAAAAGAAAAUGCAGAAGAUGUUGAUUUAGAUCAACCCUAGUCCAUAGACUAUUUCAACAAUCAAUUCCAACAUAAGUAUCAAAACAUGUCCAGAGGUGCAUUUCAUUACAAAAUGGAACAUACUUUAUCAUCAUUAUCAUCAUAUAAUCACACCGUGUUCACAGAAUCAAAUCGUUUGAUGCAGUUUCUUCCUUAUUUGACUGUUCUUAGAGAAAGAAAAAAGAAAAGGAAAAAAAAAAAAAAAAAAACAGAA